AAGGGAGGAAAUGGGUUUGGGCUUAGCUGUCUGAGGGCGGGAUUAUCGGUGGUCAAACACUGGCAAAUCACCGGCGUCGGUUUUGGCUCAGUGUCAGCGACCCACCACUACCACCACCACCACCGGUCAAGACCCUGGCUCGUGCCGGUAAGCCCACUUUUGCUGCUCCGGCUAAGCUUUUUUGUCAGCGUGAAAAAAGAAAGGAGAAAGAAUGAGGGGGGGAGAGAUAUAAAGAGUAGCUGUGUUAGAGAGCGAUAGAUAGAUAAAUCCUUGACCAGUGGCCCUCUCUUUUCUCUCUCUAGAAUUAUUAUUGUUUUUACCAUUUUUUUAAAAGCCCUUCUCUCUCUCUUUCGUCAACUGAAGAAACUGGAGAAAAAAGGCAGAGAGAAGAGAUAGGGAGUAGGUAGAGAGAUGGGCGUGAUUGUACCAGAAAAGAAGAAGCAACGAAAGUGAUGCAGAUGGUUUACCAACUGUUUGUAGAAUCAAAGCUUGUGAUAGAGGUAAGUGGGUUAUCUUUUUUUAGAGUGAUUUCGAUCGAGUUUAUUGGAGUUUAGAACACUGCAUGUGAAUGAAUGUGAGACCAAACCAAGAUGCCCAAAUCGUCUUUGUAGAGAUGGUGAAUCGGCGGAGCAGAGUUGUGACAUUUGGUCUUUUGUUGGUGGUGCUGUUGUUGUUGGUUGAGUCCACAUUCGAACAGACUCAGGCGCGACUGAGUUCACCCGCUGAGUUUACAGCUCUGUUGGAGCUCAGAUCGUCGCUGGGGUUGAGGAGCAAGGAAUGGCCGAUAAAGUCUGACCCUUGCUGGUUCUGGCGCGGUGUCCAAUGCCGAAAUGGGAGCGUCGUUGGGAUCGACAUUUCGGGGUUCAGGCGGACCCGACUUGGUAGUCGAAACCCAGAAUUCGCUGUUGAUGCGCUCGCCAAUUUGACCCUUUUGGAGUCGUUUAAUGCUUCAAUGUUUUUGCUUCCGGGCUCGAUCCCGGACUGGUUUGGUGAGCGGCUUUCGUCGCUCAAAGUGCUUGAUCUCCGGUCUUGUUCUAUCAUUGGUCCUAUUCCUCCGAGUUUAGGAAAUUUAAGCAAUCUCAAUGCUUUAUUUUUAUCCUAUAAUAAUCUCACCGGGAUUAUUCCGUCGAGUUUGGGUCAAUUAUCCCGUCUUUCGGUUCUUGAUCUCUCCCAGAAUAGGUUCACUGGAUCGAUUCCUUCGUCAUUUGGGUCUUUUAGGAAUCUUUCAGUGCUUAAUAUUUCGGUAAAUUUUUUGUCUGAUACGAUUCCUCCGGGUAUUGGGAAUAUUUCGAGUCUUCAGUAUUUGAAUCUUUCUGGCAAUAGUCUGUCUUCUUCCAUACCUGCCCAACUUGGUGACCUUGAUAAUCUAGUCGAGCUUGAUCUCAGCUUCAAUUCCCUUUCUGGGUCCUUACCAGCUGAUUUGAGGGGUUUGAAAAAUUUGCAGAAAAUGGCAAUCAGGAAAAAUUCUCUAGCUGGGUCUUUGCCGGGUAAUUUGUUUCCUGCUCUAAGUCAGUUGCAACUUGUAAUUCUUAGUCAGAAUGCUUUCACUGGCAAUCUUCCUGAUGUGCUCUGGACAAUGCCCAACUUGAGUUUUCUUGAUGUCUCUGGAAAUAACUUUACUGGUGUUCUCCCCAACUUCAGUUUCAAUGGUAAUGCCACGGCAUCAGUAUUCAAUCUUUCUCAUAAUAUGUUUUAUGGAGGUCUUCCAUCUCUGCCUAGGAGGUUCAGUUUUAUUGAUAUGUCUCAAAAUUAUUUUGAGGGAAGGGUACGAGAUUAUGCACCUAGUAAUGCAUCUUUUGGAAUGAAUUGUCUCCAAAACGUGUCCAAUCAGAGGACUUUGGAGGUCUGUGCAUCAUUCUAUGCUGAGAAGGGCUUGCCUUUUGAUAAUUUUGGACAACCAAAUAGCACUCAACCAACUACAAAUGAUACUUCAGGAAAGAGCAACAAAAAAUGGAUUAUAUUGGCAGGAGUUUUAGGGGGACUUGGGCUUAUCUUGUUUUUGGUAUUGGUGCUGGUGUUGUUCCUAUGCUGCUGGAGAAAGGGUGGUACAAGCCAAAGAGGGAACGGUGUGGGGCCUGUUCCUGCUGGAGGCAGUCCUCCACCUCCGGGGAUGCCUAUUAACUUUUCGAGUCUUGGAGAAGCAUUUACAUAUCAGCAGAUACUCCAAGCAACUGGUGACUUCAGUGAUGCGAACUUCAUCAAACAUGGACACUCUGGGGAUCUCUACUGGGGCAUUUUGGAAGGUGGGGUUCGCGUAGUCAUCAAAAGAAUUGAUUUGAGCUCAAUCAAGAAAGAAACAUACUUAUUAGAGUUAGAUUUUUUCAGUAAGGUUUCUCAUACAAGAUUUGUCCCCCUCCUGGGACAGUGCUUGGAGAAUGAUAAUGAAAAGUUCCUGGUUUACAAAUAUAUGCCAAAUGGGGACUUGUCAAAUUCCUUGUUCAGAAAAACCAAUUUAGAGGAUGAUGGUUUACAGUCAUUGGAUUGGAUAACGAGAUUGAAAAUUGCAAUUGGAGCUGCAGAGGCUUUAUCUCAUCUGCAUCACGAAUGUAAUCCGCCCCUUGUUCACAGAGAUGUUCAAGCAAGCAGUAUACUGCUCGAUGAUAAAUUUGAAGUGCGUUUAGGAAGCCUGAGUGAGGUUUGCUCUCAAGAAGGGGAUACUCAUCAAAACGUGAUUACCAGGUUUCUGCGGUUACCACAGACAUCUGAACAAGGCCCUUCUGGUUCACCAGCAGCAACAUGUGCCUAUGAUGUUUACUGCUUUGGGAAGGUGUUACUUGAGCUAGUAACGGGUAAGCUGGGAAUUAGCGCGUCCAAUGAUGCCCAGGUGAAGGAAUGGUUAGAUCAAACGCUACCUUGCAUCAGUAUAUAUGACAAGGAACUUGUUCAGAAGAUUGUGGACCCUUCUUUGAUUAUAGAUGAGGAUCUGUUAGAGGAAGUGUGGGCCAUGGCCAUUGUUGCCAGAUCUUGCCUCAAUCCCAAGAUUUCAAGGCGGCCCCUCAUGAGGUACAUUCUUAAAGCUUUGGAAAACCCUCUGAAGGUAGUAAGGGAAGAAAACUCCAGUUCUGCGAGGCUUAAGACAACCUCUUCUAGAGGGUCUUGGAAUGCUGCUCUAUUUGGUAGCUGGCGUCACAGCUCAUUGGAUGUGGCGGCCAAUCCAGUGGCAGCCUCCACCCAUAGAAUAGAGGGAACCAGUAGCUUAAAACAGUCAGGAACCACAGGUUCUCAAGGAAGUGGCCAAAAUGGUGGGGGUGACCAUUCCUCCUCCCAAAGAAGACAUUCCAAGGAGGUAUUCCCCGAACCUUCUAGCAUGCAAAACGUAGAGAGACAUGACGAGAACUAGCAGAGCAGUUAAUUGUUCUUAAUUCUUUGUUAAUAACACAGCAGGCGCCCCAUUUGAGUGCCCUGCUCCUUGCCCCAAAACACUCCUAUUGUUUUCGGAGUUUUGGGGUUUCAAUCCAUUUUUGUUCUUACAUGGGGGUGUUUAAAAGGUGAACAGUCCUUCAAAGGGGGUCUGAAUAGUGAAGAUUGAAGGGAGAUGUUGCCUCCAGGACAGUAGUUUUAGUUGUGGAAUGGGUCUUGAAAGAGAAUCUAUGGAGAAGGUUGUCUCUGGCAGUUGUGGUUCAAUUUGUUUUAGGGGCUUGUUUAUUGCUACAACAAGCCAAAUCGUUUUUUUCCCCAAUUUUUUUUUUUUUAAUCUGUAAUUGAUCUUUGUUUCUAGUCCUUGUGGAAUGUAAAUUGUAACCUUUGGGGGCCUUUUCUUGGGUGGAAUCAGAUUUUCAUUUUUGUUAUUCUUGAGAAAGGAAAGACAGAAGAAAGAUUUAUACCAAUUCUAAAGCACUGAAUUCUUAGAA